AGAGCUGAACCUUUAGGAAAUAGUUAACAGCUUAUGAGUGAUGGAGGACGAAAUCUAUGCAAAUGCGGAUUAUCUCAAGUCUGUUAAUGCAGCACCUUUGAAAAAUCAGACAGGUCCCAGGAGCUCUGAAAGCAGAUUUCAUGGAGCUGUAGUUUUCUGUCUGGGGCUGCUGAGUGUUUUCCUGCUGGCUGGACUCAUCGGUGUCUCCGUCCACUACCACUUCUCUGCUGCAGAUCUCUCCACUAUCAACGCCAACCUGACUGAGCGUCUCCAGGCCGUGUCCUCAGAGAGAGACCGGCUGAAUGCCACACUCACUGAAAUGACUAAAGAGCUGGACAGGCUGCAGCUUUUGUCCAAACAGAAGAAAACGUGUCCUGCAGGAUGGACAAACAUCAGCUCCAGCUGUUAUCUCUUCUCCUCUGCGACUGGUUCUUGGGAAGCAGGCAAACAAGACUGCAGAGACAGAGGAGCAGAUCUGAUGAUCAUAGACAGUUUUGAAGAACAGGAAUUCAUCACUAAGUUCAUCAAGGGAUACACUUGGAUUGGUUUGGAUGACCGAGACAACGAAGGCGUCUGGAAAUGGGUUGAUGGAUCUCCACUGACUGAAGCGUACUGGUACAGAGGAAAACCUGAUAACGGUGGUGGAGAUCCAAAGUGGGGUGAAGAAGACUGUGUAGAAGUCCUAACUGGCCAUGAAGUGAGAGUUAACUGGAAUGAUGUGCGCUGCGACAGUAAUAAGCAGUGGGUCUGUGAAAAAAUGCCUUAACAUUAAAAAAUAAUACAUUUAAAAAUACUUCUACAAUAUAAGUGAUGUUAAAGCCUUUAUACAGGAAAUGGUAACAAAAGUGGACCAACAUGUAAUUUUGGAUCAAUAUGGAUAUUCCCUUUGACUUCCUGUGGUGGGAUUUUGUAAUCCAGAUAAUAUAAUAGAGUUACAAAAUGUCUGAAAUUAUAAAUUUUAUAUUAAAUUAUAAAAAAAAUAUAAAGAAUAUGAAAAGUUAUUCUUAUCUAUUCUUUCUUUUUUUCCCCUAACCUUAUCAUUAUUUCCUCUCUUCUUUUAUUUACCUUAUUCUAAUUGUAACUAUUAUUAGUAACUCACCAUAAAAUAUUUAAACUUGCAGGAAUGCUACAAGAACAUGAUAUGUAAACCAACGUACAUUGAUAAAAACUCCUGUAAAAAACUUUAUCUUCUGUAUACAUAUAAAGAUGUGAUCAGUUAUU